GCAAAAUCGUUGUGAAAGUCCAUGUUUAUUUAUGUAUAUAUUGAGAAGCAUUAUGUUACUCACUCGUGAAGAAUGGUUACAAUUUGGAGGCUGCAUAAAGUCUUCAAGGAAUUUCAUAAAAGGCCAGGAGUUGUAUAUGAUGCAAAGCAGUUGUAUGCAUGAUGUUUACGAGAUUUUUACAAUCAAUAUUUUAUCUAUACCCGUAAUAAAAAGAUCAUUAGGAUUAAAAUGUUUGGAGCAUACUUUCCACUUCGUUAGAUUGUGCCACGAAUGGAAGAAAAAUAUUUCAAUUGUCGUUGAGAACCUUGUGUCCAUCAUGCUUAUAUUCGGUACUUCGAUCAAAGUAUUGACAGCUUGUUCGUUCCAGAGGAGAAGAAAACAAAUCUAUUCUAAAAUUAUAAGACAUUUGAAAAAUCUUAAAGGAGAAGAGUUGAAAAUAAUGACAGAUUAUAUUGAAUCCGGAUUGAAAUUUACUUUGUCGUAUAUGGCUACCGGUGGUGUGGCUUUAGUAAUAUAUGAUGGGCCGCCAUUGUAUAAAAUGAUUUUCAAUAUGUUUUUUGCCAAUUCGACUGAUAAAACUCUUCCUUAUUAUCUCGAAUAUGGCAUUGAUCACAAUAAAUAUCACAAUUACAUAAUUGCCCAUAUCAUGACAAUUGAAGUAAGUAGUAUGAUCGUCAUAUUUGCAUACGAUUUGUCAUUCGUGAUGAUAGUGCAUCAUAACUGCGCUUUGUUCAACAUAGUUGCACGACGAUUGAAAAAGGCAUUUGAAAUUGCUGCAAAAUAUAGAAAUAAUCAUCAAGAUGUUUACGUGCAUGAUGAGGAUAAAGCUCAUAGUCUCCUAAUUGUGGUUAUUGAUACUCAUAACGAAGCUCUAGAAUUAAUCGCUUUUAUCGAUAAUGCAUACAAUCUUUCUUGGCUCUUGAAACUUAUUGAUAUAGUUAUAAGUACAGGAGCUUUACUUUCUGUAUUGAUCACAAUUACAAACGGCGCGUCGGAUUUCAUCAGAUAUUUGGCAUAUCUUACAUUUAUAUUGGUCCAAUUUAAUGUUGCAUUCAAUCGAGGUCAAGAAAUUAUUGAUCUAUCAUAUGCUGUAUUUCAAACUUGCUACAACGGCGAAUGGGAAAAGUUUUCAAAAGAUUCUGUUUUUCUGCUGCAUAUGAUUAUGAUACGAAGUUCAAAAUGUAGCAACUUGACAGCCGGAAAGUUAUUUACGCUGUCCAAUGAAAUAUAUGGAAAUAUGUUGAAAACUGCUUUCUCUUACUGCACUAUGUUCAAUUCGUUUAUGAAGCAAGAUGAUCAUGAAUCAUGAACAGGAAAUAUAGUGGAUCUCGUAGAUAUGAAUGAAACGAUAAACAUGAAUCUAGAAAUUUCACAGCACUUUGCUUUUUCGUUUAUAGAAUAUUAAGCAUUAAUAUCACCAUAUAUUUCUAAUCUCAUGUCAAAUUAAUUCAUGUCGUUUAUGUGCAUUCAUUGAAGUAUGUCAAAAUAAAAAUUAAUAUCAAAGUAUCAAACCUAAAUUAUAUUUAAUUGCAUUUGUAGAUAACAAUUUCAUCUUCAAUAGGUAAAAAUUAAAAUAAUCAUCAUUAAAAAAAUUA